AUGUCGUCCGCCGAUCGAGUGAAUGUUUUGCGAGAGCGAAACAAGGCGUUGAUGGCUCAUCUUCAGCAGCAAAGGGAGAAGUUUAAAGAGGCGGGGAGCGGUGGGUUGCAGAGCCGAAAAAGAGACAGAGAGGACGGGACAGAGGAGAGCUGUGAAGCCGGAGAGGUGUGGACUGUUACGGAUGGAAACCAGGGUUCAGCCCGGGCAGCUCUGGCUAGACCCAAAGUUACAUUUUCAGAUGCUAUCGAACACUCUCCUCCAGUUCAGACAUCUACCAUGGAAUCUGAGCUCACAACAGAUGAUGUGAGAUGCACUUCAGUGUCACCCCGCUCUAAAUCCUCCACGAAAGGACAGCAGAGUGAAGAAGCACAAUCAAGUAUAGGCCGCCACCAUUUAACACCACUCCUGGGUUAUGACUGGAUUGCAGGAGUCAUAGAUGCUGAGGACUCAUUAAUGGAACGCUCGGAUGACUUUUUUAACGACCUGUGCCGAUUCAGAGCUCUGAACAGAGAGCAGUGUGUGAACAGUCGACACUCGGGGUUUUCUGAGGAAUCUGAUGCAACCCUACCAUCAGUGUCAGACACCAUCCCUGACAUUAAAAAAGACACCCAUCAAUGUACCUUUUCCUAUAGGAUAAACAACAGGCUUUUUCCAGUUCCUCUAAUUUCUGAGGAGUGCUGCCCCGUGUGCAAAAAACACAAAUCAGAGCAUCCACACACAGCGAAGGAACCUGCUCUCAUAAGGGUGAGUAUUCCUCGCUCCACACUUCUGCCUCCACACAAAUACAAGGCUCAUCGCAGGUGCAGCUUCGACCCAUCGGACAGUCUAAGUUUGCCUUCACACUGCCUGUCAGGCUGGUCCAACAAGGGUCAAAGCGCUGAAACGUCACAGAGUAACCUUGAUCUGAGGAGCAGUUUGGACACAAAGAGGGAAGCUGAAAAUAAGGAACUUGAGGACCUGUCUGCUUUCAAGACAUCAGAUCAACAAAGGUCUCACCAGAUACCACAAGUGUCUCUUCUAAGUCGACACAACUUCCCACACUUUUCAAUCAGAAAAAGAAAACAAAGAUUUUAA